AUGACAAAUACUUUGGCUAUAUCUCUACCUGAAGGUCACACCUCCAGUGACACCGGUAAGCCCUCACGAACUCGCGGCUUGCUUCGAUCCGCGAAGCGCAUACUCUCCCUUUUCCUCCCCCGAAAAAUAUUCGAUCACCAACAAAGGUCAGAAGAUAAAGUGAAGAUGAGCAACCAGCAAACCAACCAUGAGCUCGUUGUCGUGGGGUCCCACGCAAGGCUGCCUAUGAACGGCCGUGGGCCCACGGUGAACCUACGGCCACAGCUUCACGAGUCGAACCGAAACAAUGAUGUACGGCUAUAUCGUCCCUCAAUGGACAACCAGAACGAUCACUCAGACAUCCCAACGUACGACAACCCCGAUUCAUACAGAUUUGAGACUUUCAGCCGGAGAACUGACGGUCGCAACUCCGAUUCCGCUUCGUCUUGUAGCAGGAUAAGCGCAGCAGUGUCUCCUGGACUAUCCACCCUAGCCAGCGCAGGCAUUAGCACCGAUCAGACAACCCCAUCAGACCCGCAAACCGAGUUCAGGCUACCUGGUGAUGAUGAAUAUAUCCGAGCGACGUCUCUGGACCGCAUCUCCCAGGUGAACCUCUCCCCAGUUUCAACGAACAGCGAGUAUAGCGAGGAGGUAUUCAUGGUUGGCAGCAACCCUGCAACCAAGGUUUCGGCAUUGAUGGCACUGGAUACACAAGCAUCAGCCAAUUUGAUGGAUGUUGAGUUGCAGCAGGAGUUGGCAUUGAUGAUGGAGCCUUGCGAUCAGGAACUCGUCCCAUUGCAGACCAAAACCGGCAAGGACAGAAUCAAGCCGUUUGGCAUCGCGAAGGGCGUCUCAUGGCAUUUUGCACAACGUGAAAAGACAUUUACUAGUGACUUCCUGGUUGUGGAUAUGAAGAACUAUAAUGCCAUCUUGGGAAGGAAGGACAUCAAGAAACUGGAGAUCCUCAAAUCUGGACCUGGCCUUGAACGCCAAAUUCGCUGCCUCAGGUCAGACGAGAAAACCGUCCACCUCAAGGCCGCUGUCUCUGAGCGAUUAGACGUCAACAUCCUCACGCAAAGAGGGCUCCAGGAGCUGGGAGAGAUUCAAUUGCAGCGCAAUGAGAUAUCCAAAACAGUCUACGAUUCAGAUGGUGUUUCAUACACAGUGCGCGAUGUAAUCCGGCUGAGUAUUUGGAAGAAGAGUGAAACAAAACUGUCAAGACAAAAUUUCUACGUUUCCAUGAACGACGAUGAAGCGCGCUUUGAUACCCAGUAUGAUGCGAUUUUAGGGACUCAGUGCAAUGUUGGACGGUCCAGCGAUGAGAAUGCCCUCCCAGUUGCUGUAACCCAGCUAGCAUCGCAGAGUGCAAAUGAUAAGGCAGCCCAGGAGAAAAAGAAGCGCGAGAAAGAGGAAGCUUUGGCGAAGAAGAACCAACAGUUGCGUGAACAGCAGAAAAAGCAGGCUUCCCAGUGUAGAUAA